GUCAUGGUUACACCAGAUCUGCUUCAUUCUGAAGACAGCAUUUGACGUUAAAAGCCCGUACCAGCCUGUUUCAUCCGAAGGGGGUAGUUUAUCAAAAUAUUACAAGCGUACAGGGCUCUCUGCUGGCUAAAAGGAGCAACUACAAAAAAAUCAUUUUAGAUUUUCUUUUAGGUAAAGUUUGCUGCCGUUCAAACAUGGCCGCCCUAGCAUCCACCCGUAAAAAUAUCAGCACGUCUGUUGUUUGUUUACAUGUUACUACUUCAGGAUGACGGAGGGUCCAGUGUCCCCGGGACCACCACAUCCAGAACUGUCAGAGCAGACAGCAAGGGCGUGCCCGGGGAGAAAAGAGAGACUCAAUCAAAAAUUCUUCUGAAGCAAAUCAGCAGCGGUAUGAAAACAUUUGAAGCACAGCGGACUCAUGCAAAACCAACUCUUGAGUUGAUUGAAAAACUUGAUAGAAUCUUGUCAGAGAUGGAAAACUCAAUAACCAACCUGCGGGAGGAGCUGCAGUCAUGCCUUGAAGAUUGCGUGAAGGAGCAGAGGAAGCACACCGACAGCAGCAGCAUCAGUGAAAACCAGAACAUUUCCAAACUCGCUUCAGAGAAGGCCGGCCCCUCACGUAGGAACCUCCCUGCAGAGGUCAUAGCUUUGGAAGUUUUCCUGCAGAACUCAGGAGGUCCAUGUGGAGGCUGGGAUCAGUCUGAUCACCGAGUCUUCAUGAAAAUAUGGAUGAAGCAUCGUGGAAAAUCAUCCUACCGGGAGGAGGUUCUGCAGUACCUACCAGGUAAAAGGCUGAAGGAGGUCAAACAACAUGAGGAGUGGCACCAAGAUCUACUCAGCCUAAAGGACCAAAAGAAAGAGGCUAUUCAGCGCUGGAAAGCCAACAAAGCCGAAGAACAACGUCAGAAAUUAAAAGCUGCACAAAGAAGGGAGGAAGUGGCCGAACAGCGCAGGAUCAGAAACAACAAUGUGUGGUAUCAAAGACUGAAGGAUUUCAGGGAAAUGCUGGCAAGAGAAGAAGAGAAAAUUAAACAGAAGAAAGAUACAAUGACACAGCUUGCUUAAUUAGAGUCUCAGAUUGGCACCUGAUCAUCCCUUUUGUCUUUUAGACUAUUUCCAUGAGGCAUCCUCAGUCAAUGUUAAUGUUAGAAUGUUAAUGGGUGUUAAUACAUUUUUUAGUUGAAGAAUCUUGAGCUACUUUUCAGAUGACACCUCGGCUACAGGGGAGAUUAAACAAGAUGUGUUUGGGAAGUUUGUGAAGAAAAUUCAAGACUUGUGCAACAAUGUGAUUUACUGUCAAGAGCACAACUGUAAUUGUGUAUUGUAUUGGACCAUUUUUUCCCCAUGUGCCAAAACAAAUUAACUGACGCUACUAAUAUUAGUCUGUACAGCACUUUGUUGUCACCCCUGUGCCUGAAAGGCGCUUUCGAAAUAAAGGUUGAGUUGAA